CAGUGUCAGUAAGGCUGAGCAGAAAUCACUAAGAGUUUUCCACACAGUCUGGGAGUUGGCUCUCCUUAACGCCACAGAGAGGUUGUUAGCGCUUGUAGUUUUCUGUUUGAACGUCAAAAGCGGAAGUCGUCACAGCUGACCAAGUGAAAAUGGGAGCAUGAGUCUCCGUGAAAUAAGUGAAAACGUGAAGCUGGCCCGGGAGUAUGCUCUGCUAGGAAACUACACCUCAGCCUGUGUUCUCUAUGAAGGGUUGUUGGAGCAAAUCAAAAAGUAUACGUACACAGUCCGGGACAGCAGUUUUCAGCUGAGAUGGCAGCAGUUGUGUCAAGAAAUCUUCGAAGAAAAGCAACAGGUUCAGGAUAUAAUGUCGACUCUGGAGAACUUUCAGUUGGACACAGCACCUCCGGCGCUGAGUAACGAUGACUUUGAUGCCAGGCCUGUACAUGUGGAACAGAGACAUUCCGCCUGUACUGUCAGUCGUCCGUCUAACCCUUAUAAGGAGAUCAAACCUUCCAACAUCCGCCUAAGUGCAGCCGUGCGGGCCCAGCAGAGGCACUCGUCACGGGGAGCCAACUUGGAGAAAGGAAAACCGACUAAAGGCAAAGAGAAGAAGGAGGCGAAGGAAGCGGUUGGCAAAACAAAAGAUGAUAAGAACAAAGCAGAGACCCAGGAAAAAGACAUUAAAAGGUUUGAUGGGACGGGAUAUGACAAAGACCUCGUAGAAGCGCUGGAGAGAGACAUAAUAACUCAGAAUCCAAAUAUUAAAUGGGAUGACAUCGCAGAUUUGGAAGAUGCGAAAAAACUCCUUAAGGAAGCCGUGGUGUUGCCAAUGUGGAUGCCAGCUUUCUUUAAAGGCAUACGAAGACCAUGGAAGGGCGUACUCAUGGUGGGACCUCCGGGGACAGGCAAAACACUUUUGGCUAAAGCGGUUGCUACUGAGUGCAAAACGACAUUUUUUAACGUUUCCUCCUCCACUCUGACCUCGAAGUACCGGGGAGAGUCUGAGAAACUUGUGCGUCUGCUUUUUGAAAUGGCACGUUUUUAUGCCCCCACUACAAUCUUCAUUGACGAGAUUGACUCUAUGUGCAGCCGCAGAGGAACGUCCGAGGAACACGAAGCCAGUCGUAGAGUUAAAGCGGAGCUCCUGGUGCAGAUGGACGGUGUGGGAGGAGCUACGGAAAACCAUGACCUGUCAAAGAUGGUCAUGGUCCUCGCUGCUACUAACUUUCCCUGGGACAUCGAUGAAGCUCUGAGGAGACGUCUGGAGAAAAGGAUCUACAUCCCUUUGCCUUCAACUAAGGGUCGAGUAGAACUGCUUAGGAUCAAUCUGAAGGAGCUGGAGCUGGCCAAUGAUGUUGACUUGGACAAAAUAGCUGACAAAAUGGAGGGAUACUCGGGAGCUGAUAUCACCAACGUGUGCAGAGAUGCCUCCCUGAUGGCCAUGAGGCGUCUCAUCGAGGGCCUCACACAAGAGGAGAUCUGCAACAUUUCCCGAGAUGAGAUGCACAUGCCCACAACCAUGCAGGACUUUGAGUCGGCUUUAAAGAAAGUAUCCAAGUCUGUAUCCGUCACCGACUUGGAGAAAUAUGAGAACUGGAUUGAAGAGUUUGGCUCCUGCUGAGAACCAAAACUCCUGGAGAUGUUCUUGAAAAAGGAUUUUUAUCUAACAUUGACCCUUUAAUUUUCUUUCUUUUUUUUUCCCCCCUGAAUAUUUUUUGUGUUUGUACUUUUGGGUGCGGGUUUUAUUUACCUUUUGUGAGAUAUCAAAAUGUGUCAACAACAAUAACAAUAUAUUUCUGUUAAUA